AAGUUCUUCCCCUGUUUCCCACAGGCGGGCUAUUCGUGGCUCUGCGCCGGGAGUGUGGAAAGACCCUGGAGCAAGAUGGCGGAGCAGCAGCGGUUAAGGGAGCGGCUUGAGCGGCAGGCAUUGGGAGCGUUGCUCGGGGGCUACUCUAAGCUACUGGACAAAUCUGACCUGCAGGCAGCCCUCACAGAGAGACUUCAGAGUGAAAAAUGUGACCUGCAGCCUAUCAGCCCAGCCUUGGAUGGGACGCAGAAUGAAGUGCUGCUGCAAAAAGGCACCCAGACCUGGAUCCGGCAACAGGAUGAGUUGACAGAGCUUCACAGAAAUCGUGGAGAUCUUGCACAAAGCAUGAUCGAACUCAACUGCAGACUACAGCAAAAGGACCGGGAGAUCCUGACCAAUGAAGCCAAAAUAGUGGAGUACCACAAGCGAAUUAAGAAGCUGGAGGUUGAAUGUCGGGAGCUGCAGACUAACCUGCAAGACUUGGAGCGAGCCAAUCAUACACUGAAGAACGAAUACAACACUCUCCACGUCACCUUCAGCAACCUUGAGGAGCGGCUGCAGAAAAUGGCCGAUGAGAACCGUGAACUAAUCACAAGGUGGAUGAGUGAGAAAACACAGGACUCGAGCAGGCUAAAUAUAGAGAAUGAAAAGGGCUCCAGAUCAUUUAUCCUCCUCGGAGGAAUUGGAACAUUGCCUGUGAUGCCCACGAAUCACAAACGCACGGAUCUGCCGCUUGCUGAGAAGGUGAAGGUUGUCGCGGCCUUACAGGGCCCGAAAGCCUCCUAUGCCUCGGUGGCCAAAAUGUUCAGCAUCUCAAAGAGCCAGGUGGGGCGCAUUAGCCAGAACAGGGAGAGGAUUCUGGAGGAAUGGCGGCAGAAUGCCAACCCCAACCGCAAGAGGAAGAGGAAGGGGAAGGACAUUGAGGUUGAGGACGCUCUUCUGUUAUGGUUCCAGCAGGCUGUGGGUGAAGGAGUCCGUGUCUCAGGCCCCAUGCUGAAGAUGAAAGCCAAGGGGUUCGCAGAGGACCUGGGCCACGACGACUUUGAGCCGACUGAUGGGUGGCUUUCGCGAUGGAAAGCCCGGAACAAUAUUGUUUUUAAGAAGGAUUCCAGUGAGCGGCAUGAUUAUGAUGGUCCUGUGGCAGAUGGCCGGACUCCGGAAAAGGCUGAAGUCGGAGCCAGAGUGACUGAUAUUGGCCAUAAUGUGACCUUGCUCGACGCAAUCCAAAUUCUGUAUCGGGCCUAUGGGAACAUGGAGCAGACUGCCUGUGCUGAUCCCUCUCACGGAGCCCAGUUGAUAAAAGAUGCGACCUGCUCAGGUCCAAGGCUCCCUGGGGAUGAUACAGGCUCAGCCAAUUCCCGUCCCCCCUUGCUCCCAACAAAACAGGAGGAGCCGCCCAGCAUGCAGCUCAAGUCUGAGGACAGUAGCGUCAUGGCCAAGAGGCCCCGCCUGGAGGUUUCACCACAGGAGCACAUGGCUGUUGGAGCAUUGCCAAGCACAGCCUCUGCCAUCACCAAUAACGAGGCACUCGAGUGUGUGAGCAAGCUGGGAAACUGGCUUCAGCUUCAAGGACCGUCGGGAAUUUACGAGCCAAUGCUGUGCAUGCUACGGGACGUUCAGACUGCAGUGGCAACUUCCCUGAGGUAGACAUUGGGGUUUGUCGGAGAUGAAAAGAAAGUUACAAAAAAUUGGAAUGUUGGAAACGCACCUGUAAAAAAGAAUAAUUUGUUGGGAUGUUUUGUUGGAACUGGAAAAAGGGAAGACCAGGACAGAAAGCUCUUACAAAGGUUUUUUGGUUUUCAGUUCUGAUGGGCGGCUGUGGCUUCAGCUAUCAAGGCCCCAAGCUCUGGAAUUUUCUCCCUAAACCUUUCUCUCUGUCUGUGUCUCUCUUCUUCAUUAAGAUGUUUCUUAAGAUCUACCUCUUUGAUUAAGCUUUUAGCCACUCAUCUUAAUACCUCUUUAUGUGGUUUGGUAUCAAUAUACUCCUGUGAAGCGUGUUGGGAACUUUUACUAUUGCUUUAUAAGUGCAGGUUGUUGUAGAUGGAUCCUAACUGUAACAUUAGCACCUGAAAAAGAAUUGACUAACCUAUUGUGCAUCUCUGGUGCUUUCUAUUUUGAUUUCUGACUUGAACUGAUUUCUCAAUCGUUUUUAUACACUUAUCUGGGGUACGUUAUAUACUGAACAGUGUGAGGAAAUGAAAGUAUGUUGUAUGAUAUAGGUAAAAAAAACUCCCCUAAUUUAUUUAGAGAAGCCUUUUUUAUAUUUACAAUAAUAAAGGGGUAGCUGAGUCCAAUGCUGGCUACAUUUUAGCAUUUAGUACAAUUGAUUCACUAUUUAACUAGGUUUAAUGUUUGUAAGGGUAUCAAACAGAUGUUAAUUUCAGUACUGAAGACUGCAUCAUGUGUGUUAACUGCCAGACUAUAUGUUGGACUGAAAAGCAUUCCACACUACAGCUUAAAUGGAACAGGCCACCCUUACUAGAAUGAACAUUGGCAGUAUUAUACCGCAGGUGGUCAUGGAAUGGUCUCAGCUGGUGUGAGGCACUGUGGUGUAACUGAAUGUUUGCUGCUGUUCCCACUUCAUACAAUAAAAUAGUACAGUGUCUUAA